ACCCUUCACCUUGCAAUCUAUUCUUCACCAGAUCAGAAUCAGGAAUUAGGGUUUCUCGAACUUUCGAUCGCAACUUCAGUCACCUUCAAGGUUUUUCUUACUUGGAGAAAUCAGACAGAAGACGAUGGAUGCAGUUUCGUCUACAGAGAGAUCGGACAAUUAAAGACAGAGACUUUCAUUGUCUUGUUCUUUUAAGAGAAGAAUGAUUACUACUACGAUGCACUCAGAAGAAUCAGGAAGAGGUAGUAGUUACUUGCCCCGCAAGCGACAUCUCGAAAACCCUACUGAAGAACAGAGCAAAAGAUCGAGACUUUACCACCCUCGCGAUCAAUACCAAAACACUAACUCUGUUAUCCCUCACGGUUGGCUAGACUGUCCUCGUUUCGGACACGAGAUCGCUUCCAUCAUCAUCCCCUCAAAAGUCCCUCUCAGCGAGUCUUACAACGACUAUCUCCCUCCCGACAAAAGAUACACUUUCAAACAGCUGUUAACUAACGGCAAAAGGAACAAGCUCGGUCUCGUGAUCGAUCUCACCAACACGACUCGCUACUACAACCCUAGCACAGAGCUAAAGAGGGAAGGGAUCAAGUACGUUAAGAUUCGCUGCAGCGGUCGUGACUCUGUCCCCGAUAACGUCUCUGUGAACACAUUCGUCCACGAGGUGAAUCAGUUUGAGAGAAAUAACUUCUCUAAGAAAUCUGUUCUCGUUCACUGUACGCAUGGUCAUAACCGUACAGGGUUCAUGGUUGUUCAUUACCUUAUGAGGUCUAGGCCCUUGAUGAGCGUUACACAGGCCUUGAAAACGUUUAACGACGCUCGUCCCCCAGGAAUCUAUAAAGCGGAUUACAUCGAUGCUCUUUACAGUUUCUAUCACGAAACAAAGCCAGAGAGUACUUUAUGCCCACAGACUCCUGAGUGGAAGAGGAUGUCUGAGAACGAGUCUUUAUCUUUAUCACCGCGUGUCCCUUCUUCAGUGGAAGAGGAAGUGAUAGUUAAGAAGAUGUCAAACGAUGACGUUUUGGGAGAUGAGAUACCUUACGGUCAAGAGAAGUGUUACCAGGAGUUUUGUUACAAGAUGAUGAACGUCAAGAUGGAAGGGAGAGUGCAGUUCCCCGGCUCGCAUCCUGUGUCUUUAGACAGGGAAGGGUUCCAGCUCCUGAGGCAGAGGUACUAUUACGCCACGUGGAAGGCAGACGGGACGCGUUACAUGAUGCUCUUGACUAGGGAAGGGUGUUUCUUGAUAGACAGGAACUUUAGGUUCAGAAGAGUGCAGAUGCGGUUCCCUUGCAGGCCUCACGAGCCUAGAGUGCAUGACUACACUCUGCUCGACGGAGAGAUGGUUGUGGAUAACUUUCUUGAUGGACAAGGAAAGCCUUGCCAGGCGAGGAGGUACCUCGUGUACGACAUGGUAGCAGUCAACGGCCAAUCGGUCUCGGAGCUACCUUUCAGUGAAAGAUGGAGUGUUAUCGAUAGAGAAGUGAUCAGACCACGCAACGAUGAGAAGCAGAAGAAGGUCACAACAAACAUUAACGGGUACAGAUACGAGAUGGAGCCUUUUGGUGUACGUAUAAAGGCCUUUUGCUUGCUCUCUUCCGUGGAGAAGAAGGUGUUCAACGAGCUGAUACCUUCGCUCUCCCACGAGUCCGAUGGGAUCAUACUCCAAGGCUGGGACGAUCCUUACGUUUACCAGAGGAACGAAGGCUUGUUCAAGUGGAAGUUUCUAGACACUAUCGACUUUUUGUUCGAGGUGGGGAGAGACGGGCGUUACAUGCUGUUCUUGUUAGAUAACGGGAGGAACAGGCUUAUGGAGGGACACAAGGUUGAGUUUAGAGGCGACGGUUGGGACGAGGCGGUGAGUUACAGUGGGAAGCUUUUGGAGUGUUUUUGGGAUAAAGAGGAUAGAGUAUGGGUGCCUAUGAGGGUUAGAGUUGAUAAGUCUCAGCCGAAUGGUAUGAAAACGUUUCGUGGCGUGAUGAAAUCUAUUAAUGAUGAUAUAACUAAGGAGGUUUUGCUGGAGGAGAUUAAAGAGAUUAUUCGGCUUCCUAUGUACGUUGAGCGUAUUCGUGUGGAUACUCAAGCUGCUGAACGGCGCAGACAUGGGAACCGCAAGGGGUUAUGAUUGAAUAAUGAUUGAGUAGCAGAAACUGUCUUACAAGUUUUUUGCAUACUAUUUAGGUUUGUUUUGAAAUGAUUCUUUUGUGUAACGGUUAAACUAUAGUGUAAUCUAUUGUUUAAACGUAACACUACUACAUUACUUUCUCUUUAUGA